AUGUCAGUGGCCGCUUACUGUAUAUUUUGCUAUAGACAAAUAGGAACUUCUGGUCCAGCCACAAAAACACACCUGCCAUGGAAUGAUAUCAGAAAAAUUGCAAAGGUAACUGGAUCGCUUAUACUAGGAGGUUUUGUAUUCAUUACAUAUGAAGUCCUGUCCUUAAAGAAGUUACUGCAAAUCGAUACUCAAGCUAUACAUCAAGAAAAACUUAAAUCCUACGUAUAUGUACGUACAACUUCUCUAAAUCCAAGUGACUAUCAAGGGAUCACAUACCGAGCCAGAAACGAAAUCCAUAAAGCUGUGAGGAAAAUUCUAGAAACAGAAGCUAAAAUUUUCCGGAGACCUUUUAAUGAACAAUUCAGUACAUUUGAUGGAGAAGAUCAUGAAUGUGCCUUGUGGCUCCUCUUAAAGAGAAGUCAGUCAGAAGACAAAGAGGUCCGACUGCAGGCUGUACAAGACCUAGCAAACAACAGUUACUGGCAUGAUUAUCAGUAUGGUACAGUUGCCCAAACCUGUGAUCAAAGGACUGCUAUAGGUUUGGCUCGAUCCAAAGAUAUCGACCUUCGCUUUUUCCUGCCUCCGCCACCAUUGCCAAAAAUAAAGAGUGAUUAUGCCAUAGAAGAUGAACUUCGCUUGUUGUUAGUAUCUUUACCUCAGACUGGGCUUGAUCCAUGCGUCCAGUACUUCACAUCUCUUGCUUUACGUGAAAGUAGUCAGACUCUUGCUGCACAAAGGGGAGGCUUAUGGUGUUUUGGAGGAAAUGGACUUCCAUAUUGUGAGACAUUGAGUAAAAUCCCUUCAGAGACAGUGGAACUCUUUUGCUUGCAAGCUUUAGUACAGCAUUCUAAGGUUUCUUCUCACUGUGAUAAAAUCGAAGCUAAAGGAGGCCUUCAGCUACUACAGAGGAUAUACCAGCAACGUAAAGAUUCAGCCAAAAUACAAAGGAACAUAAUUCGCAUUAUUGGAAAUAUGGCUUUGGAUGAACAUCUUCAUUCAUCCAUAGUACGUGCAGGUUGGGUUUCUGUACUUGCUGAAGUAAUGAAAUCCCCACAUGUCAUUCAGUCUUCUCAUGCAUCCAGAGCUUUGGCUAAUCUAGACAGGGACACAGUGAAAGAAAAGUAUCCAGAUGGUGUUUAUGUCUUGCAUCCACAAUAUCGUAGCAGUCAGCCCAUCAGAGCAGACAUCCUUUUUGUUCACGGUCUUCUGGGAGCAGCAUUUAAAACCUGGCGACAGCAAGACAUUGACCGGCAUUUGGAUAAAAAGGCUUCAGAAGGGGAACAGGACUAUAGUCAGUGCUGGCCAAAGACAUGGCUGGCUUCAGACUGUCCUGCCCUUAGAAUCAUAUCUGUGGAAUAUGACACCCAUUUGAGUGACUGGAAAGCAAAAUGUCCUGUUGAGGCUCACAGGAAGUCUAUUGCUUACAGGAGCAAUGAGCUUCUUGACAAGCUCAGAGCUGCUGGGAUUGGAGACAGACCUCUGGUGUGGGUAUCACAUAGCAUGGGUGGUCUUCUAGUCAAAAAGAUGCUGGUGGAUGCUUCCAAGAAUCCAGAAAUGGAUAAAAUUGUAAACAACACCAGAGGAAUCAUAUUUUAUAGCGUACCUCACCAUGGUUCCCAGCUGGCUGAAUAUUCUAUAAAUGCCAGAUAUCUUCUCUUUCCGUCUGUGGAGGUUAAAGAACUCAGCAAGGAUUCUCCUGCCCUUAAAGAGCUGAAUGAUGACUUCCUGUCUUUUGCCAAAGAUAAGAAAUUUUCAGUGCUGAGUUUUGCAGAAACCUUACCAACACACAUAGGCAGCAUGAUAAAACUGCAUGUCGUGCCUCUGGAAUCGGCAAAGUUAGGAAUUGGAGACCUUAUUCCAGUGGAUGUUAAUCAUCUAAAUAUUUGUAAGCCAAAGAAGAAGGAUGCUUUCCUAUACCAACGUACAUUGAAGUUCAUUCAGGAUGUUUUAGCCCAAGAACUUGGAGACUGAGUUUUUGCCAGCCUUGGCUGCUUAUUUCCUCUAUUUGGUGUAACACAGUAAGUUCUUCCCCUGACGGGGGAUCUGCAGAACUACAAAGAUGCUAUGUCAAUAGUAUCUGCUGCUAAAAUAAUUUUCAGUACAUCUCCAACUUAGACACCUCUCCAACUUAUUUCUAAAAUAUAUUCAAAACAAAUACAAACUGAAGUCCUAUAAACUUGGCAAAAAGAAAAUGUGUGUUGGCGUAGAGUAACCAUGAUCUGUCAACAAAAUGUGUGUAAAUUCUUCAGCAAUUUGGCUGGGAGGGGAUGGGGAUUUGAUGGAAGACAGGUUUCACUUAGUCUCCAGAUAUCCCUCUGGAGCAAAACAGCUAGACUGUGGAGAGUGCCCAGGAUAUCUUCUUUCAGCGCAAAAAAAAAAAGCUUGCUCUGGAGGUAGGUGGUCUCAUUAAGGUAAAUAUACACCUGGGACUAAAGUCUUAUUGAGAGGAUCAGAAACAAUUAACUGAGGUGGUUACUUGUUGUGUCAAAGGGGAGAAGCAGCAUGUGGCUGCCUCAAAGCUUUGGUUUUCUGUCCAUGUCAAGUAGUCUGACUGGAACCUGAAGAAAUUUGUCCAAGUGAAUGAAGGUAGCGUUUUGGGCUAGUGGCCCAGUUCCAGGAGUUUUUGUAAUUUGCCUUUUCAUUUAAUAGACCACCCAGAUUUGUCAGCAAAUACGGCAUCUGUUUUCUGCGUGAGAAAGAGAGAGGUUGGUAGGUUGUCUUGCAUAGACAACUGUGGUUGUUUUAAUCUGUUUGUGUAAAUGAAAACAAAACAAUAGAAUUGUUCACCCUCUUGUACAUUUGUCUCUUAGCAACUUGUGAGGUUGCUUUCUUUAGGGCAGUGUGUAUCUGGUCAGACUCAGGGCGUUUCUGUGCUUGUUCACAUGGAAGAUACAGAACGGAGCUCUUCUGCUUUACUCUUGGGACAUGCCGAGAAGAUGGUACAUUCAAAUCCCCGGCUCAUGUUACUCAUUUAGAAACUCUUUCUUUAGCUGAUUUAAACAAGAGCAUUGAAAAUGCUCACGUGGAGUAAGACAAAUGUAGGCCGUGACAAAAAAGCUGAUGCUUAGAGUUUGGAGCUCAGGUAGAGAAAAAGUAAAGCAGGAAAAAAUUCAGGUGAUCAUAAGGUCCCACUGGAAAUGCAGAAGAUCCCAGAUGUUUUGGUUUCUUGAAGCCCAAGUAUAUUUAUUGGUGUAGAUACAGAGAAAAACAGCAGUGUUGUCUUAUUUGAGUUUAUGUUUAUGUUAAGGAUACCUUAACAGUACUGGUGAGAAAUAAGUAUUUUUAGAAAAAAAAAAGGCAGUGCUCAGCCACUUUUUUAAAGUCUUAAAUAGUUUGCAAUGUAGUGAAAAGCAGCCUAGUCUAACUGUGGUCUCUUUCCUUCCUUUCUUUCCGCCCCCAACCCCUCUGAAAACAAACAUAGGCUGUGAUUAGGCUAUACUGCCCUAGCUGACCAUUUGCUAAAUAAGGCCUGUACCGAUGACAGGCUUAAGACGUCUCUUAGCAUCACUUCUGUGAGAGGGAUCUAAUAUCACUGGCCUUAAAGUUAUGGCUAUGAAAGCUACCAAAGAGGUGGGGUGCGCUUCGCAGUUCUGCAUGGGCUUGGUGCGGGCGCCGGCGGCCGCUGCAGUCCUGCCAGGUCCUGAGGCCACCUCAGCUGUUCCCGCUUGAGAGCGUUCCAGCCCAGGAGGACACUACAUCUGAAAAUGCACUUCUGGAAGUUGAGCCUUGACCUGCUAGAGCUGCAAAGUAAAACUCACGAGAGUAGUACAGAGAACGUACAGCACUACACUAGCAAAAAGAGCAUUUUUUCCCCCUAACCGAGAUGUAGGUAAGAACACUGCAGGGCAGUAUUUCAGGUAGGAAAUGUAACAGAACUCGUUAAGAGGUUUAUCCUUUUUACAUUCUGAAGUUUAAACCACAGUGUAAAUAUACUAGAACACUUUGUAAUCACAAAGUAGAGGGUAUGUGGAAUUCAUUGUGAAUAGACAAGACUUAUAUAACUGAAUGCAUGUUUAGCGUGACAAAUCUUGUAUUGAUUUUAAUAGACGACUUUGGCUUACAGGGAUUCAGAUCAAUUACAUUACACAUUAAUCUCAGUAAAUGCAUCUAUGUUUUGUUACUGUAACUCUUGAGGCAACUUUCUCCUUUUUUUGUAACUGUAUGUAUAUAUGUGUAACUUUUAAAAC